GUCUUUUCAACUCCCUAGCCGUUGAUGUAUGCUUGUGUUAGCAUUUUAUUUUUCAACUAAAAUAAAAACACAAAAAAUAUACAUUGAGUAAAAUCUGAAUCUACCUUUGCGUAUCUGCAUUUUCUUUGGCGACAACCCUGUUUAGUUUAGUUUUACUUUUUUGCAUUCAUCACCCGAAUCGUGUUACCUAGCUUUAGCCGAGCAUAGUCAAUGUCGCCUAGUCCCUGUGGGGAACACGACACUCGUAGUUUGGGGCGUAAAAACCCCGCUAUAUUAUAAUAGACCAUUUUGGCGCUGUUGACGGGGACUAGCGUCGUGUGACUCUGUUAGGCUAUAGACUAGGUUUUUCUUGUUUUCAUUUUGUGACAUCUAUAUGUGAUAUAUCUCUAACCACUAAUCCUUGUUCUAGAUCAUUUUCUUUCUGUUUUCUUUUAUUUUGGCAGGUUAGAACUAUCUUCUCGGUUAUGGCUUACUAUUCAGAUCAUCAGGCUUAUGCGAGCAACACUACAAACAGCAUGGAAAGUAUUCAAGAACUGAUAAGUAAGAUUUCCCAUCAAUUAGAUGAUUUAGCUCAGCAGCGAGGAGUAGUUUUUGAGGAUAGGCCUGGUUCUUAUUAUCCUUAUUCCGGAGGCAAUCCUUAUAUUGCUCCUACAUGCCAUAUUUGUGGAUUUCACGGCCAUUCACCCGCUCAAUGUCAGCAUGGUUAUUCUCACACUCCAGAUUGUUUUGGCAUGAGCUUCGCUCAAGAGCAUAGCUCAUACCAAAACAAGUACUCACAUGGGUGGCCUGAAAACCCGAAUAUGUCAUAUAGGAGCAACAACCCUGAGAUCUCACCAUUUGCUUCUAGUAAUCAUAUGCAGGGAUUUAGGUAUGAAGAGGAGAGCCACAGUUAUGCUCCAGAACAGUCUUAUUCAGCUCCUAUUCAUAUACCUCAGCACCAGGAGAUGUUGCCAAUGGAGUUAAAUGGUCCUCCAUUUGGUCAACCAACACCUUCAACACAAGUGCCUACUCAAGAUGAGUUCGAUGACAUAGACAAGCUCGCACUUUUGAGUCUCGAGUUCACUUGGAGUGCCGAGGAUGAUCCUAUUAGGAAGGUUAUACUAGAUGAAAUGAAGAAGAUCAAGAGUGGGAAUGAGCUAGUGGAAGAAGUAAAGAAGAUUGAGAAGAACAUCAACGCUGGCAGUACUAUUUCUUCACAGCUUGAGGUGAGUAAUUCUGGGAUUCCCCUUGAUACAUGUGAGGUUCCAAUACCGUCACAUCCAGCUGAGCAAGAUUGCAGGUGCCUUGAGCAUGAGAUACCUCAGAUUGAAGAAGAUGAACUAGAAAAAAAGGAACAAGAUGAUCAAGAGCUACAAUUCCCAAGUGAUCAAGUUGAAGACUCAUCAUCUACUACUCCUGAAGAAGUACAAGAAGCUGCUGUAGAUGAAGAUGAAGAACCUGAGAUUCAUUUGCCUAUUGUCAUACCAGAGCGUGAUGUGUCAGGUUUAUCUAAUCCUCUUAAUUACAUGUCUUCAUAUGAUUUGUUUGCUACUACCUUGCAUUGCAUGAUGCCAUCACUUAAGGUAUAUUUGAAAAACUAUUUGCUUGGACAUGAUCAUACACACCCUGUUAGUGGCAUUGCUCAUAUCUCUGUUCAUGAUACUUAUGUUCCUAUUGCUAUACCCAUGCUUAAUGAAACGUGUGAUUCUAAUACUAGCAUUGAGCUUACUGAUUUGUACCAUCCUAAACAUGUGCUUUAUAGCUAUGCUUAUGUAAUGGAUAUUCGAUUGAUGACUUGGAGGGUAUUAUCCCUACCACUUGCAUUGUCUCUCUCGUUGAGUGCUCUUUCAGGUUUUUGCUUGUGCACGAUCCAUUACAUGCUGACCAAGUUCGAGGUGACAUUCCUUGGGACCCUGGUGGACUCGGAGCAUGGGGAUGAGGAGAAGCAAGGGGGCACACACGAGGAAGGGAGAAGCUGGAGCAGGCAUGAGGAUAGAGAAGCAAAAGGAGAGGAGCUGCAGUUGGUGAGGUGAUCGAGCGAGUGCUACUUCAUUAAGCCCGAUAAGUUCAACAAUGGAGUGGCAUGGACUAAAAGAUGUAGGAACUCCUUCAAGGUGCUCAGGACAAAAGAUUGGCUCAAGCUUCAAGCUCAAGACUCUUCAUUUUAUAUUUUAGUGAUUCAAGAUCACAUUGAGUC